AUGUCCACAGGACAGGACCAUGGCCCUGGCUUGAAACGGUACCGUGAUGGUAUUCAAUUUAGGCCUACGCGCUCCUCUAACGAGACGUGGUUUGGGCCAUCAUCGCUUUACUAUUUUAUCCAGCGUCUUAGCAAGUUUCUCAACCUUCAACUUCGAAAGGAAGAUCCCGUCCAUCGUUUGCAUCCUGUUUCAGCCAGUUAUCACAAAUUCCUGGAUGUACCGGACGAGGGCCUACUUGGAAGUCUAAGCUGUCCAUGGGCACCUCCAGCCGAGGAAGUCCCUACUGCGGGCGUUUACCUAAGUCUCAUACAAGAGGAUUACUUUCUAAAUCUUUAUUGGCAAACCUACCAUACGUCGCUUUUUCCGAUUGUGGAUGAGACACAGUUCAAGAAUCACUAUCAGUCUCUCUUGGUGAAUGGCGGUCAGGGGCGAAGACCCUCAGCCCUCGUCGAUAUUAUGAUUGCCAUGUGCAUGCAAUAUGCAACCUCAACAGUGCCUGCAGAGGUUCAGGGAGUUCUUGCUGAGGGCAAAGAUGCUCUAGUUGCGGGUCGGUGGCACUAUUGGCGUGGGCAAAAGUUGCUCAAGUAUGAACUUGACAGCCCAUCGUUAUCAACACUACAAUGUCAUCUGGUUUGUGCAGUCUACAUAUGUGGCGGAUCUUUCCACAAUAUGAUGCAUAGUACCGUAGGCCUCGCUGUAAGCACUGCUUAUAUGCUUGGUCUGCAUCUGGAUCCCCCGCCGACCAUGUCCGAAAAGGAUCGCGAGAUGCGCAGGCGGCUUUGGUGGGCAGUCUACCUCAUGGACAGCAAAGCCGGAAUGAAGCUUGGUCGUCCCUUUAUGAUUUCUAGCUCCUACGCCAUGCCGUCUUUACCUAGUGACACUCUUGACGCCGCUGUGAGCUCCGGAUCCAUGUUUGCUCCUAUCGGACAGAAUGUCACAUGGCUGAGCUAUAAUCUACACAUGGUUCAACUUUACAUCAAAGCUCGAACAGCCUACACAGCCUUUUUCGACCAGUGUAUCCAUUUACAGGAAGGUCAGGCUCUAUGGGCUGAUCAUGAAGCCCAAACCUCCAGCGCGGGACUUUUAAACACACACGCCCAGAGCUUUCAAGAAUGGGUUGAUGGUGUUCCAGAAUCUCUGAAAUUGAAGCGUCAAAACAAUGGUCAACCCAUUUCCACAGAUUUUACCUCCAUUAUAUUUGAGCCAUUUACUCCACCUUGGCUGCAGCGACAACGCUUGCUCCUCGAACACACAUAUCAUCAUCUCAGCAUAAACAUUUAUCGACCAUUCAUAUCCUUCGCCUUGAAACCGCCGGCGGAUUCGAUUGCAGAGGAACUUGCCAUUAGAUGCGCUUCUCAUGCGAUAAUGUUGACGAUGAUCACGCACCAGGCGCUCAUAGAAUCAACGCUCUUUGACGGGUGGCACGAGGCCUUCUUCUGUCAGUGGAAUGCAGUUAUGACCCUUGUUGGGUUCGUGAUGUUAUUUCCAUCUUCGACAAUAUCCAACCAGGCUAAGCAAGCAAUUAAAUUGGCUAUCUCGGUCUUCGAUAAUUUCGGCGCCAAGUUUCCUGUCGCAGCGAACGCAGCAAAGAUAGUUCGUGAUUUAUUUGUCAAAUUUGAGGUCCUCGCAAAGCCCAGCGAGGUUGUGUCUAACGCUGCGAUUAUACCCCCAGACUUUGAAGCCAGCUCCUCAUCAUCGGUGUCAAUUGACCAAUCCCUGUCAUCACAUGAUCCUUUCGAUUCACCGGGGUUCAACCUGUUUGACAUGGCUGUCGACAUUGAUUUCUGGAAUAGUGUUGAGGCGUUAUGGCCCGAGUUUGACAACAUAUCACAAUUUUAA